AUGGGAAAGCCGAUCGAAAUCCACUCCGCUGAUCAGUUCAGUAACCUGCUGAAAAGCUCGCGCAUCGUAGUCGCAGACUUUUACGCAAAUUGGUGCGGACCGUGCAAGCAGAUCGCCCCUCUGUACGAGCAGCUUGCGAACUCUCUAUCGCGCCCCGGCCUUGCUACAUUCGUCAAAGUCAACGUUGACGCCGAGGGGGCCAAGCCGGUCGCGUCCGAAUACGCGGUCACGGCUCUUCCUACGUUCAUCACCUUCCGGGACGGCAAGGUCGAGGAAAAGAUUAAAGGAGCCAAUCCUGCGCAGCUGCGAUCCGUCAUCGAGAAGCUAGUCAGCGACAUCGAGAACGCCGGCCAAGGAGGCAGUAGCGGCGGCGGCGGCGACGGUGGUAAUUCGGGAGGCAUCGCCUGGAGGGGAGCUGACUUACCCCGGGGUUACGUCGACGUCUCGGACAGCAUCGACGUGCGCGGGUUGGAACUGUUGAAUGUCGACGACAGCUACUUUUCCGUCCGUACUCUCUUCAACAAGGCGAAGCCUUCGGCGCUGAGCAAGGGCAAGGGCAGCUCGGGCGAUGAGAAAGACUGGGUAGAGAGCGACACGGACGAGCAAUUGCUACUCUUCACCCCCUUCAACUCGGCUAUCAAGCUCCAUACGAUACAGAUUACCUCUCUGCCACCUACCGACGAGGAUGACGACGACAUACCGAUGAGGCCAAAGACAAUCAAGCUUUUCACGAACCGACCGCACAACCUAGGUUUCGACGAGGCAGGGGACAUCGAUGCGACGCAGACUAUCGAGAUUGGCGAAGACGACUGGAACGCGAACGGCACCGCUAACCUAGGGCUACGAUUUGUCCGGUUCCAGAAUGUUACGACGCUCGUGAUCUUUGUCGUAGACGGCGACGGCGACGGCGAGAAGGUGCGAUUGGACCGCAUACGAUUCAUUGGCGAGUCUGGCGAGAAGCGGGAAAUGGGCAAGCUGGAGAAGAUCGGGGACGAGCCGGGCGAAUGA